AUGGCUCCUGUGCCAAAACAAGCCUUGGAGGACGUGCCAACGCUGCUCCAGCAACACUCCGACCAUUUCAAUGAAGGCGCUUGUCUCAUGAAAGGCCCGCCAGCCCGUCUGCACAUCAAGGCCGAAGCAAACGCGAAGUUCUUCAAGACAAAUGGAAUCGAGCAUAUUCGCACCCCGCCUCCUCAAAGCAAUGGUCUCGCCGAACGGACCGUGAGAACCAUCAUGGAGGGCUUGAAGAGAAUGCCUGGUGUGGAGUUGGAAAGUGCUUUGGCUAGAAUUCUUUGUAACUACAGAAAUUCGCAACAGGCUUCAGGGUCUUCACUGUCUGAACUUCUUGGGAACCGUUUCCGUACGAGACUAGAUAUGUGUAUUCCUCCCAGGAGCCACGAAAAGCCGAAGAAUGCAGCGGCUGAGGCCGCCAGUUGGUACUUCGCCCCUGGAGAUACCGUCUAUGCGCGCAACUACGGCAUAGUAGAGAAGCGGACACCAGGCAAAGUAAAAUCGACGAGUAGUGCCCGUUUAGCUACUGUGGCUGCCGAGGACGGUGUCGUUCGACGCCAUGUCGACCAGAUCCGGAAACGUUCAUCAGACACAGACGGAAGCAUAGAAACAUCACGUCCCGAGGAAUCGCCUCCGACGACCUUAGGGGCACCGAAAUACAAGGAUCAAGACCUCCCCGAAGGGCCUGUUCCUGCCCUACGUCGGUCCACAAGAACCAGAAAGCCAGUGGAGCGCUGCGGCUACUAG